UUUCCUCUUCCCCCCUCUCCUCUCCUCUCCUCCAUUUCUGCUGGAAGAAGAAAAAAAAGGGGGUGGGGAUUGGAGGGGAUCGAGGGUUGAAGCCUUGGCGAGGAGGGUGCCCUAGCCCACGUGCCGGCAGCAAUGGCGGGGUGGUGCGAGGAGGCGGUGGCGCUGCUGCGGCGCCCCGCGGUGGCGGAGAUGGCGGUGGACGUGCUGCUCUGCGCGGUGCCGAUCUGGGCGGCCGUCAUGAUCGGGCUCGUCGUGGGCUGGUCCUGGCGCCCGCGCUGGACGGGGCUGCUCUUCCUCGGCCUCCGCAGCCGCCUCCGCCUCCUCUGGGUGCCGCCGGGGCUCGGCGCGCGGAGGCUCUGGCUCGCCUGCACCGCGCUCUCCGCGUGCUCCGUCGCGCCCAGGCUCCUCUCCUCCGCCUUCCGACGCUGCCGGGGGAAGCACCAGGACAAGGUCUCCCCCGAGGACCACGCCGGGGACGACGGAGGCUGCGCCGACGGCAGGACAAUAUUUGAGGGCGAGCAUGAUACUGUUACUGAGAAGGACCUAGAACAUCUGCUUCAACUUUUAGAUAACAAGGAGAGUGGGGAUACAGCGUGGCAGAAUUUGAUGGAGCGCACAACCUCCAACAUGACCUACAAGGCCUGGCGGCGUGAGCCUGAGGAGGGACCUAUUAUGUAUUGCAGCCGCACUAUUUUUGAGGAUGCUACUCCUGAACUGGUUAGAGAUUUCUUCUGGGAUGGCGAUUUUCGUCUUAAGUGGGAUCCCAUGCUUGCAUAUUCAAAGACAUUGGAUGAGUUCCCUCAGAAUGGAACCAUGAUUGUCCACUGGAUAAAAAAGUUCCCGUUCUUUUGCAGUGACCGUGAAUACAUCUUCGGAGGGCGCAUAUGGGAAUCUGGGAAGACAUACUAUUGUGUUACAAAGGGAAUCAAAUCCUUGCUCUCCACACACAGUAAGGUGCCUCCUGUCUUUCAUGGUUGUGAAAUCAGGGAUAAGCUUCUCAGGGAUUUUAAUAUGUUGGAGCUGCGGUCUGUAGAAAAGGGUGUUCCUUAUCUUUCUUUGCCAAAGAAGGAAAAACCAAGGCGUGUGGAGCUGUACUUCUCAAGCUGGCGAAUUAGAUCUGUUCAAUCGCCUAAACAACCUGGACAGCAAUCCGCAUGUGAAGUAACUUUGGUUCACUAUGAGGACAUGGGCAUACCAAAAGAUGUUGCCAGGGUUGCUGUUCGGCAUGGCAUGUGGGGUGCUGUAAAGAAGCUGCAGUCUGGGUUCAGAGCAUACCAGCAGAUGAGAGCAGAAAACGCCCUGUCACACAGUGCCAUCAUGGCUCAAGUGACCACCAAGGUAUCCAUUGCUGGCUCAAAUGGUCCUCUGGACCAAGAACUUUCUGCUGCUGAUAAAAUCAGCGAUGGCGAUGCGAACUCUAGGGCAGUCCAACAUGGUUUCGACUGGAGAUGGGUGGUGGUUGGAGGUGCUGUGGCUGCAGUUUGCGUGCUCAACACUGGAUUUGUUGGGAAGGUCCUCCUACUAGGGGCAGCAAGACGGCAGGCAAAGAAGUGAGGUGAGGGGCACCUUCCGGCGUCUGCAGAAGACGGCAGGCCCUAACCAGUAGCUGCAACCUUGCAGUCGACAAAUGAUUAAGAAAUAGGAUGGGUUUCAACAGGAGGCAGAUAAGAGGGAUGCACGAUUUUUGAUCGUGCGUUUUAUGAGGUAGAGCACGGGUGUGCUACCAUAAGAGGCGCCGCGGUGCCGAGAACCUGUAGCUAAUGUAUCUGAAGUUAUAAGAGGCUUUCUUGCUACCGUACUGCAUGCUUUCAGCCUUCUACAUUCGCAUUUAUUCUUGAGAAAAUUCGUCUUAUGACACUGAGUAACUUUGUAAUACUUGUUAGGCUGAUAUAUGGUUUCGGCGUAUGGAAAUGGUGGCCUUAGAUGGAA